CCAGGGCAGAGCGGCCCCGCCUCCAGUAGGCAGCAGAACUGGGCUUCUGGCGUCGGCCAAGAUACCUCUGAGCAGUUCCGCCUCGGGCUGCGGUCUGCGCAGCCGCGGAAAGCUGCGCCCAGUUUUUCAGCCCAUUGCCACGACAGCGGCGGCAUGGCGGGCGCAGAGCUGAGGGCGGCGCUCGAGCAGCGGCUCGGUGCUCUGGCCAUCCAAACCGAGGUCGUGGAGCACCCCGAGGUGUUUACAGUUGAAGAAAUGAUGCCUCAUAUCCAGCAUUUGAAAGGAGCACAUAGUAAGAACUUAUUUCUUAAAGACAAAAAGAAAAAGAGUUAUUGGCUGGUGACAGUUCUUCAUGAUAGACAAAUUAAUUUAAAUGAGCUUGCCAAGCAGUUAGGUGUUGGGAGUGGAAAUCUGCGGUUUGCUGAUGAAACAGCCAUGCUAGAAAAACUCAAAGUUGGUCAAGGCUGUGCUACACCCUUGGCACUUUUCUGUGAUGCUGGAGAUGUGAAGUUUGUUCUGGAUUCUGCUUUUCUGGAAGGUGUACAUGAAAAGGUGUACUUUCAUCCAAUGACCAAUGCUGCAACCAUGGGAUUGAGCCCUGAAGACUUUCUCACAUUUGUGAAGAACACAGGACAUGAUCCCAUAAUACUAAAUUUUGAUAAAAACAACUAAUUGGGUCAAUGUUUAGAAUAAAUUUCUUUCUAAAAGCUGUUUUUCUUAUUUGUAAUUUAUAAAAAGCAUUGUAAGUGUAAGAAUAUUUGGUAUCC